AUGCAGCUGUAUCAGAUCGCUCUACAUUUCUGCAUCACAUUUGUAUCUUUCUAUCAAAACGCAGUGGCAGGUUAGUGAAAAAUGUUUAUUUGGUGCUUAUAUUAGAACCACAAAGUUCUCUCAUUUUCCUCUCGUUUUUCACACUUCAAGUGUUGAGAGGUUCCUAAUAAAAGUCACUUUAAUCUGGUGACGAAUUCAUCUUGAAGGCUUGAUUAGGAAAGAAACUGUCUCAACGUGAUGUUAUUAAAAAAGGGAAUCAUGUUAGGUUUGAUUUCUUCUACAAUAAAGCGUCAUGUAUAUUUUAGUAGUGCGUAAGUCUCUCAGCCUGAGCAAAACACUUAAUCUGAUCGAUGGUUUUAGACAGAAACGACAAGGCUUGUUUUUAAUUGUAAUUAUACAUUGAAACAGAAUGUCCAGUCAACUGCAAAAAAACUUGCUGUUGCUUGAUAAUACACUACACUCGAAAGCCAAAUGGAAGACUAACCGCCAAAUUUCUGAUUUUGCAGCCGACAAUCUUAUGAAUAUUAAACAAGGACAGUUAUUGCCGAUGCAGCCGUAAAACGUACGACCACUACUAUUAGAUCGUGCUCUGGCAUGUCAGGCCACUAUACUCGAGUUCAUGUGCUAAAUUAAUAAAACCGAGGUGUCAAUGGAUCCAAGCAAAAAUGAAUUUUCUAGAUUUCGGGGGGAAAUAACUGUUAGAGCUUUCUCAAAAGGUAUUUUUUUUCGUUUGAGACAAUAAAGUGACACAAACAGCAAGUGUAUUGGUCAGUAGUAGGUGGAACAAAAUCUCAUGGCGGUUAGCAAAGGGUCGACUGUAAUCCCCAUGAUAUUGCCUCUUUAAUAGCAAUUUUUUCUUGAUAUUUUCUUUUUCAGAAACCACUCUCUCGUUUAAAGAUCAGUGCUUGAAAUGGCACAACGACUACCGUCAGCAACAUCAGGUAAGUAAAAGUCGUAAAGACUUACUCUACGAAAAAUGCAUAUUACCCGGAGCAAGUUAAAGUGGUUUUGCCAAUUAUCAUGGAGAAUGAAAAGCAAAUUUUAUUGCCUGAUAACAAAAGAUACUAAAAGGUAUCAUCAUUUAAUUUGAUUAUUGUAUAAAUCGAAAUCGUUUUCUAACUCGAGCUUGUUUAAGGUCAAACGACUUCUACAGACUUAAGAUUGAUUUUGUCUGUAUUCGAGACGAUAAUGAUUACAUCCUGGGUUCCAUAUCAUUAUCCGGCUUUUGUUGACCUACACCGUUCCUCCUGUCAACGGUAAUUCGCCGGUUCUAAUUUGCCCAGCAGAAACUAAUUUUGUACCCAGAUCGCACUCUGUCUCACUGUAAAAGCUGAGGAUCUCUCUUCCAUUUGGCCGCGGGAGAGUUGGGUAACUCGAAACAAAUCAUCAGAAGAAGAAAUCCUAAAUUUAGAUGCGCUUCGACGGGGAUAAGCGACGCGAGGAGACGUGCGCUCUCGCUAAACCUUUACUGCAUUUGACGCUUUUCUGAAACGCCUGCCCCCGUCGUUUGUGUACCGAGAACCAUUAGGUGAGAAUAUUGGCGAUCAUACCAGACUACGGGUCGGACGCCUAAACUCGAAACACAAAAGAAUGUAAAAAACAAACGCUCUGUUUUCUCCCAAAAUUGCUACCAUUACCACCGACAAAGUCAGAUAUGGAUCAGUCCGAUGUACCUUUCAUAAAGUUGGUUGAAUAGUUUCAAAUAAAACAAAAAUUAUGGAGAUUGUUACUUUUGUUUCCGCGACAUAUACAGGUUGAAACAGUGGUUUGGAAUGAAACCCUUGCCAGGAAUGCGGCGGUCUGGGCCAGUUACUUAGCAGACAACAACCUAUUUGAGCAUGCGACUAACAUACCUAAUGAAGGAGAAAACCUUUACAUGUCAACAGUUGUUCCCAAUGAGCCAUGUGCUGCAGCCACACAAGCUUUCUACAAUGAGAUUAAAGAUUAUGAUUUCAACAAACCUGGAUUUUCGUUGGAAACAGGACAUUUUACACAGGUGAGUUAAGACUGACGGAAAUCAUUUUCGAAAAAAAAGAUAGUAUUCCUUAAUUUUAAUUGUUUUCGACAAAGCGCAAAAACUUCUAAUGUGGUCUCGAAAAUGACGCAAAAUAGCCUUUUGCGUCAACUGUGGCAGCGCAAAACUCAAACAUUUGAAGUGAGGAUCAAGUCCAAGCUUACAACAGGUGGUUCGGAAAAAAUGUAGCCCAAUGUUGAUCAAAGGAGUGUGCAUAACUGUUGUUCACGUAAAUGAUUUUACCAAAUAAUACAUGCGACUAACAUAUGAAAGGAGUUAUCUUAUUUACUGUUUGUUAAAAGCUAGCUAGAAAAUGGCUAAGAAACAUCCCAACAGCCCAAACAGCUUUUAGAACCAACUGCCCGCCCUGCCAAUAUCUUUGAAUCAGCCUGGAAAUAUAAAUAGCUUGUUUUGUUUAUGAUAGUUUAUCCACAUGGCCUCCCCAAAUUUUCUUUUGAGUUUCAAAUCAAAUAAAGUCAUGGCAGGAAAUUGGACCGGCUUCAUCCCAUUUUUGACAAGAGAAGACAGGGGAACAAUAAAAUUUCACGGAUUGUUUUGUUUAUCGACAUGGUGUCAGAGUGAAAAGAAAUGGACCGGUGGUGCUGGUGGAUGAAAAAAAAACAUGGGGUCGGGGUGGUAGCGGAGGGAAAACAGUUAGUAAAAAUUUGGUCGUGGUGGUGUAGCGAAGAAAAGAAUUGUGGUGGAGGAGGGAAAAAUAGAAAUGUAGUGGUGCUGGUGGUGGUGUUGUAUAGAAAAAGAAAUAUGGUGGUGGAGGAGGGAAAAAUAGAGAUGUAGUGGUGCUGGUGGUGGUGGUGGUGGUGGUGGAUGAUCAAACACCAAAAUAAUUAAAUUUUGUUUGUGUUUAGUACUAGGAAAAGGAAGUUUGCCUGCGCCAGUAUAAAUAUCCAAGAUGUGCUUGCCAAGAAAUCAGUGAACCUGAACUGGAACGAAUUGUUGCCUGCUUGAUUAAAGCGGCAAAAAUAGAAGUUUCAUAAUAAUAAAUGACUUUACGGCUGAGAGAUUUGGAGCCACAGGCGAUUUAGCGCUUAUUCCUUCGACAACAUGAGUCGACUAAUAAAUACCUUUAUUAAUUUUUAGUCAAACAAUCAAAAACCAAGACAUUUAACGACCUAAAACCCGUCAAACUGGUUAAACCGUCUUAGAAAGCACGUGAAGUUAUCUUAUUGAGCUUCUCCCGCAUUUUAUUGAGACAAAGACAAAAGGCUUUGAUAUCAAAUAAUUAGUGAAAAAAAGGAGUGGUUAGUAAAAAGUGAUGGUUAACACAAAACAAGAAAAAUAAAACUAUUUUUUCAAAUGUUCACACAAGACGACGAUAUAUAUAUCUUAUUUUAAUAUCAUACUUUUUCUUAGAUUGUGUGGAAAACGACGAAGCAAAUAGGCGCGGCUUCUGCCACCAGGCAAGAUGGCCGGUUUGUCAUAGUGAUUCGGUAUACUCCCCCUGGUAACUUUGUCGGAGAGAUAUCAUUCAAGGAAAAUGUUCUCCCACCAAAAGACUGGCAAGCACCCACCGAGGCAGGUGUUACGCGGCUCCGAUCAUUCCCUCCUAUGUUCGUGGCGUGCUGGCUGUUUUUGCUUGGGUUGCAUUUCUAA